AUGGCACCCGACGCCCUUCCCUCGGCCGCCAGCUACAGCGCCGUGUCUAACCGCAUCUCGAUGCUCUUCGCCAGCCAAUCCUCUAUCCUAAAAACCCUCAACACACCGUCUUCUAAACGCCCAAUCUCAUCAAAACCCAGCGCCACCACCACCUCAGUCCACCAAAAGACACAAGCCGAACUCGACGACGACGCGCUCUUUGCAAACAAGCACCCUCUAAUCAACGAGGGCGUCGGCUACGUGGCCCCUGCAGCCAACACCGCCGAGACGAAGGCGGAUCGGGAGCUACGAGGACGCAUGCUCGGCAGCAGGGCCCAGCAAAGCGCCGCGGCGGCAGAGAGGGAAAAGUGGGCGAGGAAGAAGAAGAAGAAGAUGGAGGAGGAGAGCGAGGAUGAGGAGGAGCUGGGGAGGAGCGCGCUGGGAAAGAGGAAACGGCGGCGGGGGGAGGAGAAAAAGCGGGAGGAGGAGGAGGAAAAGGAGGAGAGCAAGGUGAAAGAGGAGAAGGGAGGGGAUGAUGAUGUGCUGGUGGCGAAGGCAGAGGCAGAGGUAGAGGCAGAGACGCAGGCGGUGGUGGAGGAAGCGCCACAGCCAGCGGAGCAAGAGAUUGAUCGUAUUGAUGUGUUGAUUUAA